UGAUUUCUAUGAAGAUCUGAGUUGGACAUGUUAUUUUUCUCUUGAAGGAUGACAGCGACAAGAGCGCUGUGAAAAUGCUUACGACUGACAGGAUCUCGUCUCGGGAGGAUCUUGGGGGCGGAGAGUCCGGACAGAGCGAGGAUUGGGAGCCGGCCUGUCAGGCGGGAGUUGGGCAGGUGCGGUGGCGGAAGUGCCGAGACAGCGGCCUGAACCAAGCUGUCUAGGUAGACGCGGCGGUCAGGCAGCCUAGAGCAGCUGCCAAGCCUUGGUCAGGUCGUAGCGACUGGGGCUCGGGUGCCGGCGAGAUGCCUCUGUUCACCGCCAACUCCUUCGAGCAGGAUGUGGAAAAAGCUACAAAUGAAUACAAUACCACAGAAGAUUGGAGUCUUAUUAUGGACAUAUGUGACAAAGUUGGAAGCACUCCUAAUGGAGCAAAAGAUUGCCUGAAAGCCAUAAUGAAAAGGGUAAAUCAUAAGGUUCCUCAUGUUGCUCUACAGGCAUUAACCCUUCUUGGGGCUUGCGUGGCAAACUGUGGAAAGAUAUUUCAUUUGGAAGUAUGUUCCCGUGAUUUCACAACAGAAGUACGUGCUGUGAUAAAAAAUAAGGCUCAUCCUAAAGUGUGUGAAAAGCUGAAAUCUUUAAUGGUGGAAUGGUCAGAGGAAUUUCAAAAGGACCCUCAGUUUAGUCUAAUAUCUGCAACAAUUAAAUCAAUGAAAGAAGAAGGAAUUACUUUUCCUCCAGCAAGUUCUCAGACUGUCUCUGUUGCUGCCAAGAAUGGUACAUCAUUGAACAAAAACAAAGAAGACGAAGACAUAGCUAAAGCUAUUGAAUUAUCGUUGCAAGAGCAGAAACAGCAGUAUACAGAAACAAAAUCUUUAUAUCCAUCUGCAGAAAUUCAGUUAAACAAUAGAGUUGCACGAAAAGUGAGAGCUUUAUAUGAUUUUGAAGCUGUUGAAGACAAUGAACUCACCUUUAAACAUGGUGAAAUUAUUAUUGUUUUGGAUGACAGUGAUGCCAAUUGGUGGAAAGGAGAAAAUCACAGAGGAAUAGGACUCUUCCCAUCUAAUUUUGUAACAACUAAUUUAAACAUAGAGUCUGAAGCAGCUGUGGACAAAUUGAAUGUAAUUGAUGAUGAUGUGGAGGACAUUAAGAAGUCAGAACCCGAGCCUGUUUAUAUAGAUGAGGAUAAGAUGGAUAGAGCCCUGCAGGUGCUCCAGAGUAUAGAUCCAGCAGAUUCAAAACCAGAUUCCCAAGAACUGUUGGAUUUGGAAGAUAUCUGCCAACAGAUGGGUCCAAUGAUAGAUGAAAAACUUGAGGAGAUUGAUAGGAAGCAUUCAGAAUUAUCUGAAUUGAAUGUAAAAGUCUUGGAAGCGCUGGAACUAUAUAACAAAUUGGUGAACGAAACACCGGUAUAUUCAGUCUACUCAAAACUCCAUCCUUCAGCACAUUAUCCAUCUCCAUCAGCCGGGGUUCCUCUGCAGACAUAUCCAAUUCAAUCACAUGGUGGAAACUACAUGGGCCAAAGUCUUCACCAAGUAACCGCUGCCCAGAGCUAUAGCCUAGGACCAGAUCAUAUUAGCCCACUGCAAUCUCUGCCUCCAAACAUGAAUGCCUCGUUAACAACACAGCCUGCUCAAACUCCAUAUUUAAGCACCGGACAAGACACUGUUUCCAACCCUUACAUGAACCAGAACUCUAACCUUCCAUCAGCUACUGGUACGGCUGCUUACACACAGCAGAUGGGGAUAUCUGUGGAGGUGUCAACUUACCAGAACACUGCUUGUGGUUUACCACAACUGGCGGGCUUUCCGGUGGCAGUUCCGGCUCACUCUGUUGCACAGCAACAAACAAAUUACCAUCAGCAGCCUCUCCUUUAGAGACACAGCGUUUUCUUGAAAGCCUUCAUAAUUGUGUCUGGAAAUACUGAAACUUUUUUCCUUUCAACUCAGAAGGACCAUGAGUAAAUAAAGCACAAAACCUGACUUACUCUAAAGGCCAUAAAAGGGUUGUUUUCUUUUUUUUAAGUCCAGCGUGUUUGAAGUUGAUCAGAGACAGCUUAAGGGUACUUCCAGGUGAUUUUCUUGUUCUUUCAACUGUCUACAUAAAUCUGGACACCCAGUAAAUAGCCUUAUAACACUAAACAGUAUGGGAUAGGAGUGUUAAAGUUUUACUUUAAAGAAACCAUUGUUUUCCCCUACUAUGUUGUGAUAAGAGCACCAGAGACCUUUAAAUACUUUUGUCUGCAUAUUUUUGUCAAGAUUUCCUACACACUGUUGUUUUAAAAGGCAAACGUCUUUUUGUAUGAGCGUUUAGCUUGCCAAAGUAUUCCUUUUGGUUCUUAAAAUUGCAGUUGUGUUUGCAGUACUGUCAGUUUUUCUGUCAGUGUUAUGUUGAGUAACAAUUAGCAUAUAAUUGUCUACAGAAGCAAGAGCAAUUUGGAAGGAACAAAAAUGUUUUCUCUUAUUAACAGUGAAAACCAUGUAAAUGUAGAUAUGUGGUAAAGCAUUUAACCUGUGUCCUGAACAGUCAUGGCAACAGUGGACCAAGAAAUACUCAGAAACAUUUCCAAUCCCAUGGAAAAUUAUUUCCUGCAAGGAUCCUCGGUAUUGGGAAUUAGCACUAACGACCUUUUCAAGUGACUUUGGCCACUGUGUAAUGAGGAUACGGUCCAUUUGUUUUCCUUCCUGCAGUGUAUUAUGUAGAGCUGCUAUAUUUCCUUUUUAAGGAUUAUAUGAGACAUUCCUAAUAAUUUGAUGUGAUAUAAACCAAGCAUGAUGAUAAAUGUGUUUUUAUUAAUGUGUGUUUUUUUAAAAGAAAUGGUUCUGAUUCCAUUGCUAAGCUGUCAUCAUGCUAAGCUGUCGAAAAAUUGUUUUCAUUCAUUUCAGAAGUAAUUCCAAGCCACUGGAAUUCUACAUACUGUAAGAACUGGUAGUAAAUCAAUAUGGACUGUUUUAUAUUGAAGGAAUUUGCACAAUACAAAAUAGAAAAUGCAGAUAUAUAUGGUUACAGAUACAUGUUACUUAGAUUGCAGAAAUACUGGACAUAAGUUUAAUUUUUAAAAAAUUAAAACUUUUUGCAUGGAUGCAAAAUUUCUAUUUUUUUUAAAGCACUUAAUCUUUCUACAGAAUCCAUUUGAAGACAAUGGAAAUUUUCUCAUUAUCUGUUUACAGAAAAUUUAUUACAACAGUGUCCCUUUUUCAGACAAACUUUAUCCAGGACAAAAUUUGAAAGCAUAGUGUCUGUCAUUAUCUUGUUUCUGAUACAAGUAUUGCAAAUUUUAACCUUUAAUAAUUUGUGGUCUGUUUAUCAUCCAGUAUUUUCCUUACAGAUAAAUUCAGUUAUAUACUUUAAAAACUCUGUUCUUAAAAAAACAAAAAAGAAAAGAAAAAAAUGAUUAAAAAUUCCAAAGCCGCUCUUGAUAUUUGCAUCCACAUGCAAUAUCUUACAUUUUCUUCCAAACUUCAUCUAGUAAGUGUAUUUUAAUAUUUGCAUAAAUGUGUUUUGUCAUCUAAAUUGUAGUUCAGCAUAAAUCCUUGAGCCAGUAUAAAUACUGCAUAUUCAUUAAACUGGGAUCAGCCAAUUAAACUCAAGUAACAUAAUUUUGGAAUAAUAAAAUGUGAUACGUAAAGUGUGUAUAUUGCCAUUUAUCUGUGAAAUUUUAUACAUGCAGAAGUUUCCUCCUCUUAAAAAUAUUUUUUUUUUGCCAUUUGUAAGGAAUUUGUGUUAGAGAUUAUUGCUAGUAUAAAAACGAUACUAAAUCUUUGUCAAUCUGAUGUUUUUAGUGUUAAGAAAUAUAAGACUGUUUUUUUCCAUGAUCUUAUGAAUUGUAUUUAUUUUAAGAUGUUUAUAUUUACAUAUUUUCUGCCAAAGGAAUGGUCUAAUUUAAGAUAUCUAUGUUGGAGUCAUACUGUUCUGUAUCAAAGUUUUUUUAAAAAAUAACUUCUGUUUCUUUUUGUGUGUAUUAGAAUUCCUGAAAAUUUAUAAUAGAAUUAAUUUCAUAUGGAAAGUACCCCUGGAUGUUAAAAUAUAUGAACUGGAAUAUGUUUAUAUUGUUUGAAAAAUGUGCAGCCAGCCAUUAUUGUCUUUUUGGUAAUUUAUUGACAAAAUUAUUUGAUCAUUAAUUAAUUGAAAUAUUUGUCAUUUAGGAUUUGAAAAUAUUUGCAGAUAUGUUGUCAUCUUACACUGUUUCAAGUACUAAUAUUUAACUGUGUAACAAAUUUUACUAUACAUUGAAGAGAGUUACAAAAUUUCACCUUCUGAAUUUUAAAAAUUUGUGAAUGUUUAAAAAAAUACAUGAUUGAGCUGGUGAUAUAGCUCAGUGGUAGCGGUAGAGCAUGUGCUUUUAGCAUGCUUAAGGCUGUAGAUAUGAGUCCCAGCUCUGCAAAAACUGUAUGUGGCUUAGGAAGUACAACGAAACCUUUUCUUAGUAAAAACCAUGAUGUUAAUGCUCCUGAGUUCUAGGAAAAGAUUUAUUGAUUUGUCAUUAUGAUGAGAAUGCUGAAGUUAUUUUUUAAAGUAAUAAAUCAUAAAUAAUAGCACUGACUUAUGAUUUGUUUCUGUCAAAAGGGAGUUUUCUUUACUUACAUCAGGUUUAGUCAGUAAAAGAGAAGAAUGAAUGUGAUGUUUUUGCUGUUUGAUUUAGUUUUCUUUUGAGGAUCAGAUUUUUAAAAAUUUUCCCCAACUGAGAAGUAAUUCUAAUUUUAUCAAAUUAAGUUUGAAUUUGAGAGAUUUUUUUCAACCUUGCUGAUUCUAAAAGAAAAAUUAUGUUGUUUGCAUGGAAUAGUAAGCUGAAUAACACCCCCCCCCCAUUCGUGUACACCUAGAUACCAGAGUGACCCCUAGAAUGUCAAAGUGUUACUUUAUUUGGGAGUAGAGUCUUCGGACAUAAUAGAAAUCACGCUGGAUUUAAGGGUGGGGUCAGAAUCCCAGAUCGGCACCCUUAUGUGAAGAAAAGACACUGUGAUACAGCGAGCAAGGUCACGUGAAGGCAGAGGCAGAAGCUGGAGCACAGGCUGCCUGGACCACCAGGAGUUGGAAGAGGAGAGUGGUUCUUCCCCAGAGCCUGCAGAGGAAUUACAGCCUGCUAACCCUUCAGUUUCAGAAUUCUAGCUCCAGAACUGAGAGAAAAUAAAUUUCUUGUCUUUUUAAGCCUCAAA